AUGCGCAACCAACGUAUCAAAAAUAAGGGAUGGGUAACGGCGGAGUACUCCAUGUUACCCCGCUCUACUUCUGAACGGAUGCAACGUGAGAUAACCCGUGGCGGUGUCAGUGGUAGAACGCAGGAAAUCCAACGCCUCAUCGGUCGUUCCUUGCGUGCGGCUGUAGAUUUAUAUGCCUUGGAAGAACAGACAGUUUGGGUUGAUUGUGAUGUCAUUCAAGCUGAUGGGGGGACACGCACCGCAGCCAUUACAGGUGCCUUUAUCGCACUCUGGGAUGCCUGCCAAAGUCUCGUUAAAAGCAACAGAAUUAAAAAUUUUCCUAUUACCGACAACAUUGCCGCCACAAGUGUUGGACUUAUCGAGGGUCAACCGAUGUUAGACCUCUGCUACACGGAAGACUCAUCGGCGGAUGUUGAUAUGAACAUUGUUAUGACAGGGAACGGAGAAUUUAUAGAGAUACAGGGCACCGCAGAAGAAAAACCCUUUUCGCGUGCCGAGUAUGACCAAAUGCUGGAUCUCGCCGUUGGGGGUAUACAGCAACUCAUCCGGCUCCAGAAUCGGAUGAUGUUGGAGAAUUUAGAUGAAGCUCAUAUUGGCGACGCGUAA